AAUAAUCUUCAAUUUAAUGCUACCAAGACACAGAAAGACUGAACCAACAUUAUUAUGGUGGACUAGACUUGUUGUUUUAAUAAUCCUUUCAAGUGGAUUAAUUGCAUAUAUAUAUAUAUUAAUCAAUUUGAUUAAAAAUGAUGAACCCUCAAUUCAAUAUUCUACUGGUAAAGUCUCGCAACCAUUUCCAGAAAUUAAUAUCACUCUGCGAAAACCAAAUGCAACAAUCAUGUGCUAUUUUCAAUUGGCUGCUGAACAUGGUAUACCAGUAAAGGAUUGUUCUGCCAAUAUUGAAUCGUUUGCCAGUGAAAUAAAUGAAACAAUUUAUAAAUUUACUCCUCUUGAAGAUAUGAAUGGUAUUAAUUGUGUGCAUCUUUCUUGGUAUCAUAUUAUUAGUAUUGACAUCUCUAAUAUUGUUUUUCGUGGAGAAUUAGAUGAUAUUAAAAAUAAUUAUCCAGAUCGUGAUCUCCAAAAAUACAUAGAUUAUCUCCAAAAUUACUACAUAUUUCCUCAAGAAAACUUGGGUAAUCAGUAUUAUAUUAAAUGGACCAGAAGAAAAUACUUGGUUCGUGAUUGGACCAAUUAUUUAGGUUUUCCUAAUUAUCAUAUUUCACUUCGUAUUGCAGAGCCAAUAGCUUCAGCACCAUUUGAAACCCCUGGCAAUUGGACUGAUCUAUAUAUUUACCCAUAUGGGAUUGAUAGCUAUGGUUUUGCAGAUGAAUAUUUUGAAAGCAUUGAAACAGAAAAAAGAAAUCAAACCGUUUUAAGCAAUAUUGGUUCACUUGGAGGUGCAAUUGGCAUACUAUUAGGAAUUUAUGCUAUUUUAUUUGGUAGGCCACUCCCGAGCCCAUGGGGAGUCUUCCAAAACUGUUGUUUGUAUAAACCAAGAUCAAAAGAAAAACUUUUAAAAAAUUUACCGAUGGUUCCUUUGAUCGAAAAAAACCAAAUAAAAAUUGAAGACCAAAAUGUUAAAGAAGAACUUACUUCUCUUAUCACAAAAUUCCAUUCUUUGGAAACAAUUCUAAGAGAGUACGUUAUAAACUCAGAUUUUCUCGACGAAUUGGAGACCGGAAAAAAUGAGAUUAGCAAUGAUUAG